CAUGGACAGCCAGGAACCCUUGAAGACGAGAAUGAUGAAAUCGCUGCGACGUCAAUCAACGGCGUCCUUGUCUCCGACACAAGUGAAGGUAUCAUGAUGCAGCGGCCGAAGCGCAAAGCCUCCUGGGAAGUGUAGUCGACUGGCUUCAACAGUCAUGUUCGCCGAGGAAUAACACGGUGUCGCCCCCCUCACGGCGCACCGCAUCUCGCCUUUUCCAUGGACAACACGUCCAUCAUAACACAGGUUGCAAAUCCCAAAGAGGAGGAAAGCAUUUGCGCGAGUCAAGACAAAGUCUCCCAGUCCAACGGCAGCCUCAAGAAGCAGCGCAGUCGGAGCAUCUUCAGCCCGUUCUUCUGCUGCUUUCGCAACUACAAUGACUACCGCGUGGAGCCGCCGCUCGCCAACAACAAGACGCGGGCCCUGCCGCCGCCGCCGCCGCCGCCCGAGGAGAACGGCGCUCCUCUCAAGUGCGACCGGGCGCCGGCUGACUCCAUCCCCGGCCCCCCAGCCAAGUUCCUCCUGCCUGAGGUCAGUAUAGCAGACUGCGGCAGGAACUGCGUCGUGAUCGACCUGGACGAGACUCUGGUUCACAGCUCCUUCAAGCCCAUUAGCAACGCAGACUUCAUCGUUCCGGUGGAGAUCGAUGGAACUGUUCAUCAGGUGUAUGUGCUGAAGAGGCCUCACGUGGACGAGUUUCUUCAGAGGAUGGGGGAGCUGUUCGAAUGUGUCCUCUUCACCGCCAGCUUAGCCAAGUACGCGGACCCCGUGGCCGACCUCCUGGACCGCCGGGGCGUGUUCCGCGCUCGUCUCUUCAGGGAAUCCUGUGUGUUCCACAGAGGAAACUACGUCAAAGACCUCAGCCGGCUGGGCCGGGAACUCGCCAAGGUCAUCAUCGUGGACAACUCGCCCGCCUCCUACAUCUUCCACCCCGAGAACGCCGUGAGUCGAUCGCACGCGUCGAGCCAUGGUGCCGGUGCAGUCGUGGUUCGACGACAUGGCUGACAAGGAGCUCCUGGAGCUGCUCCCCAUCUUCGAGGGCCUCAGUCAAGAGGACGACGUUUACAGCCUCUUACAGAGCCUGAGGGACAGGUAGCAGGGUGCCCCACCUGCCCCGCCCCCCAACAAAAGACUCCCAUGUCCAUACUCCGUGUUUCUAAGGAGACGAAGAAGACGACGACAUACUUAAAACAAGUACUUUUUCUAUCAAAUUCAUAUUUUAGUUACCGGGGGGGGAAAAAAAAAAGUCUUUUGGCGUGGGGAGGGGGGUUGUUUAUUUUUCUCGUGCAAGAUGUUCCUCGGUCUUCUCUUUCAGAAUGAAGUGCCUUCAUUGCUGUGCUGGUUUCCUCAUGUUGGGUAGGGGGCGCACUCUAUGACCCCAAUACCUCCCUCAUCCACCCGUCUCGCUCUACCCCCACAAAAACCAUAUAAACUAAGCGCUACUCUGAGUGAUGGCCACACUAUUUAACAAGAAUUUGUGACCCUUUUUUUCUUUUGUAGUUGAUGGAUUGACUUAAUGACGCGUUACUGCUUGGAGUGAUUUUGAUGAACAUCAGCAUCCACUGAGUCAAUGUUGCCGAGACAUGUAUUGAUUAGCCUAGAUGAUAUCAAAUUGUAUUUAUUGGGGUGGGGGGUUCAGCAAAAGGGUUCGGGUGCAUAGUAAUAUAUUGACAAGAACAAAUGGAAAUGGUACUGUACAACAUGAUUAAAGCUGCAAGUUUGCACACACUCA